AUGUCUCGUGGCAGAGAUGAUCGUGAUUCUGGAAGUUCGUUAUUUAUUGGUGAUUUGGGUCGAGAUGCUAGUAAAGAAGAAAUUCAAAAAGCAUUCGGUUAUUAUGGAAAAUUAAGAAACGUUUGGUUAUCAAGAUCUCCAUGGGGUUAUGGAUUUAUUGAUUUCGAAGAUCAAAGAGAUGCAGAAGACGCCGUGAAAGCACUUGACGGAAAGAUGUUGUGCGGUUCUCGUGUAAGAGUCGAAUUUUCACAUGGUCGCGGACGAGCAAGAGGACGCCCGGGUCGUUCAAGUAGUCGAUCACCACGUGUACGAAAACCUUUUAGUCCAAGUGAUGUUUGUUAUGAAUGUGGAGAUCGUGGGCAUUACGCUUAUGAUUGUGAGAUAAGAUUAAAACGUCAACGACAAAUGCGUUCUGGUUCAAGAAGCCAUAGUCGCUCACAUCGUAGCCGUAGCGGUGGUAGAAAACAUCAACGUAAAAGACGACGUUCUCGUUCAUCAACCCGUUCACGGUCGCCACGACCAUCUUACAGUCCAUCACGUUCUCGUAGCCCUUCAAGAACAAAAAAUGGCAAACAUUCAAGAUCACGUAGCAGAUGA